AAGAAGAGACAAGACGACAAAGGAUAGAUGAACUUGAUAUUAAAAAUCACAGGCUUCGACAACUAUUAAAUUCCUCUUUAUCUCAACGUCGAUAUCAAGACCUUGAAGUAGAAUAUGAGAGCCUUCUCUUUCAAUACAAUUGUACAAGAGCUGAUGUUAAUCGCCUCCAAAGUUAUGAAGAUGUCCAAUCAGUUCAAAAUUUCUAG